ACAGCCUGUUUAACAUUCCUACCAACGUCAGCAGCUGAAGGUGGAUCACUGCGAGCAGCCUGAGCCUAUAAAUCCCUGCUGCAGCGCGCUGCCUCUUCAAGAUCACGCUGCAGGUUGGAACAGAAGCAGGAAAGAGAGCGGAUUCGUGGGUCUGCAGAGGAACAGUGUUAGAGUCUAAUUUUGGGGACAGUGAAUCCCGCCGUGUGACGCACCGGCCCCUAAGCGCGCGCUCGCUCGCAGGUGGAUGCUGAGUUGGAGAUGUUUCCUCUGGUCCAGUUCGGGGUGCUGUCGGCUCUGGCCACCGCGCUCACCUCGCUGCUGUCUGCGCUCCUGCUGCUGGUUCUGACCCGGCAGCUGUGGAGCCUCCGCUGGAGCCUGACCCGGGACAAGGAGAGCAGCCUGCCGCUGCCGAGGGGCUCCAUGGGCUGGCCGCUGGUCGGGGAGACCUUCCACUGGCUCUUCCAGGGCUCUAACUUCCACAUCUCACGUCGGGAACGUCACGGAAAUGUGUUUAAGACCCACCUCCUCGGGAAGCCUCUUAUCAGAGUGACGGGCGCAGAAAAUAUUCGCAAGAUCCUGCUCGGGGAGCACAACCUGGUCUGCACCCAGUGGCCCCAGAGCACUCGCAUAAUCCUGGGGCCCAACACCCUGGUCAACUCUGUGGGAGAUUUACACAGGAGGAAGAGGAAGAUCCUGGCCAAGGUGUUCAGCCGGGCAGCUCUGGAAUCCUACCUGCCACGGGUGCAGGACGUGAUCAAGACCGAAAUCUCCAAAUGGUGCUCCGAGCCCAGCUCCAUCGACGUCUACAGCGCUGCCAAGUCCCUGACAUUCCGCAUCGCCGUCCGGGUCCUGCUAGGCCUGCAGAUGGAGGAGGAGCGCAUCGUUUACCUGGCCAAGAUCUUUGAGCAGCUCAUGAACAACUUGUUCUCGCUCCCCAUCGACACGCCUUUCAGUGGCCUGCGAAAGGGUGUAAAGGCCAGAGAAAUCCUCCACGCCAACAUGGAGAAAAUUAUCGAGGAGAAGAUGCAGCGGCAGCAGGUAGAUGACGACUAUCAAGAUGCCUUUGACCUCAUGCUGGCUGGUGCCAAGGAGCAAGGCCAGGAGCUCAACAUCCAGGAGCUCAAGGAAACAGCCGUCGAGCUGAUCUUUGCUGCCCACUCCACCACAGCCAGCGCCUCCACGUCGCUGGUUCUGCAGCUCCUUCGCCACCCGGCGGUGGUGGAGAAGGCCCGAGCCGAGCUGGAGGCUGAGGGUCUCAGGUGUCAGCCUUACCAAAACCCCCCCACUGUCACAGUGGAAAAGGACCAGGAGCCUGCAGAGACGGAGAUGACCUGCUUGCUGAAGGCCAACGGCCAGUCGGACAGUGGUUCUUCCCGCCCUUGUGUUCCCUACCUGAGCCUGGAAAAGCUGAGCAAGCUCCGCUAUCUUGACUGUGUGGUGAAAGAGGUUCUCCGCUACCUGCCGCCGGUCUCCGGGGGAUACCGCACAGCCCUGAAGACCUUCGAACUAGAUGGCUAUCAGAUCCCUAAGGGUUGGAGUGUGAUGUACAGCAUCCGGGACACCCAUGAGACCGCCCCGGUCUUUCAGAACCCGGAGCAGUUCGACCCUGAGCGGUUCAGCCCUGAGCGGGACGAGAGCCGCUCGUCUCGGUUCAGCUACGUGCCUUUUGGCGGCGGCGUGCGCAGCUGCGUCGGGAAGGAGCUGGCACAGAUCAUUCUCAAGACUCUGGCCGUGGAGUUGAUCGAGACGUGCAAAUGGACCCUGGCUUCGGAGAAGUUUCCCAAAAUGCAGACAGUCCCGAUUGUGCACCCGGUAAAUGGGCUCCACGUACGUUUCUCCUACAGCUACCCGCUUUAGAUACGCUCCAAACGGGACUGUAAGACUUUCCACAGCAAAGCUCACCCAGCUGGUAAAUUCAAGCUCUGAACUCUCCCGUCAUUCAUCCUUUCAUCUCCUCAGACAUGACUGCUAUCCUGCAGCGCUUCUUCAAGAACAUCCUCUAUUUGCGUCUUAAUUUAUUUAUAUAUGUUGCCUUUUACCUGCAGAGGAAGUCGGUUUUCCCUUUUGUUGGAUUGAAAGCACAUAAGCUAAAGUUUCUGUUCAGAAACGAACAGUUCUCUCCAUCCUGUCCCUUUUCUAUUGUCUGUAAAUUAGUUUUAAGUUAUUUUCCAUAUCAAAAUAAGCCAUCAAGUCAAUAGUUUUAAUGCUUUUUUACUUUCUGCUUCUCUGUACCUUCUUCAUCAUUGAACCAGCUAUUUUAUUUAAUAUAACCGGCAUCAGGUUGGUUAUUUUUAGUCUAAGCUAAUGUUUGUCUGUUGUGUAAUCUGAGUU